AUGGAAGAUGCAAAACUGCGUCAAGAUCAGAAGGAUGAGAAACUGUAUAAAGAGAUAGUGGAUGUUCUGGGAAAGGAUGGGCCUCAGAGAGUUUUGCUGACUGGUGAAGGUGGAAUCGGGAAGACGAGGCUGGCGAAGAUGGUAACCAAAUACGCCACUGAUACUCGCCGUUGUUUUCUGAGCAUCUGCUUGCAUCUCAACAAGAAGUUCGACGACGAGUGGUCGCUUUACGAGAACAUAGCUUCGCAGUUAUCUGUAUACUCUGAUUUCGAAGAGACUGAAGUGGACGAUAGAGAUGAGGACGAGGAGGAAGACAAGAAGGACGUGAAAGCCUUGUUGGUUGAUUUGAAGAAGAACAUAUCUGACGAAAUAGAGAAUCAGUAUAAAGAAGCAAAGGAGGCGGCCAAGAAAAAAGUAGAUGAGUUGGCUCAGAAAGCGAAGGAUAAGGCUGGGAAAAAUGCGAAGAAGCAGCCGGCGGACGGAAAGGAGAAAUUGAUCGGAGCAGAGAAGACGCCGGCUGAGGGAGAGAAGAAAGAUAUCUCAUUUGCAGAAGACCCGUAUCUUCUGUUGAUUCUUGAUGAUGAAGGAGACAAUAACUACAAGACUAGUGAAGACAAGGUGAUGAAGGAAUUGAAGCUUGAGAAGUUUCUUAGAGGACAGAGUUUUCUCAAAGACCAGGACAGUCGUCUGAAAAUGCUUGUUACAAGAAGAAAAGGAGACGAGAAGCCUUCAAAUCCUGCUGGAGAAAAUGUGACACAGGACACAGAGAGCAAACAGGAUGAUAAUGGCCGCAGCGGAAGUGAGUCAGAUGGGGAUAUCAAGCCACUAGACAGCGAUAGCGAUGGUGAACCUGAGCCCCAAGCGCCUGAGCCUAAGCCCCAAGUUGCCCCUAAGGAAAAUGAGCCGAAGCCUGUUACGGAGUUGUAUGAUGGAAUCAAGUUUGAGACCACUGAUAAGUCUAAGGAUUUGCUUAACUCAAUCGAUAAGCUUAAUCUCAAGGAUUUGUUUGUGUCUCUUAUGAAGGAAGAUUGGAAGAGUUAUGAGAAAUUCUUACCUGAAAUAGUGGGAAAGAUUAAGAACUCACCAGCUGCAAUCGUCGUGCUAGCCAAGUCCCUAAAGCGGAUUACUCCGAGCACUCCCGAUCCAGAAGAUGAAUUAAAGAAAAGGAUAGAGAAAAAGAUAGAAGAGAUUCUUUCAGCUGAUAGGUCUGAUCAGUCUGAUCCAGGUUCUCCUGAGAGUGCUAUCAAUCCAGUACUGCGUCUUGCAUAUGAGCUUCUGGAAAUCGGUUUUCCUUUGAAGGAUGCAAUCUUGGAUUGUUUUUGGCAUAGCAUAGACUUCUUUGAGCACUGUGGCUGCGUUUACUACCGUGACCUGAUCACACAGUGGAUACUUGAAGGCUACUUUGAUCCUGUUAGGACUGUAGAAAAGGCUUACGAGGACGGCCAUUUGAUCUUGAUGGAGCUUAUAAACCGUGGAAUGCUAAAGAUACAGGAAAACAAUGUGGUGGUACCAGAGAUGACGAUGAGCAGUUUAAUCGAUCCUCGACGUCGUGGGCAUUUAGGGAGAUCUCGACUUGGGUAUUCUAGAGUGUAUGCUGGUGACAAGGCCAAAGGUAUUGGGAAAAUCACAGUGAUAGAUGAUAUGAUUAAAACAGUGCAAGCAAAGAAAGGAGACAAAGUUUCCACGAUCCUGGUUAGUGGAGACCGUCUUCGCCGUGUAACUCCUGAAAAGUAUUUCAAGAAGCUGGGUGAUCUCGAAGUACUUGGUCUUUUUGAACCCACACUGGAACCUUUUAUCACGUCUUUCUCGAAUCUUCUCAAACUCCGGGUUCUUGUGAUCAGGGACUGUGAUCUACUGACAGAUAUUGAGGAGCUUAAGGCUCUUCGAGGACUACAUGCUCUUGAGGUUUCCGGCGCUAGCUCCCUAGAGAAAAUCUCUGAUGAAUUCUUCAAGGCGUUGUCUAAACUUCAAAGUCUUCACCUCUCUGGGCUUCAGAUCACAUCCUCCCCUUCCAGCAUUUCUGAGCUGAUGGAACUUCAUUGUCUCAUCAUCAAGGACUGCCCUUUACUGGAAGAUUUGCCAGACAUACAGGAGCUAGUGAAUCUUGAGGUUGUUGAUAUUUCUGGUGCUCGUGGACUUCAAACUUGUUUCGACAACACAAAAGGCGACAAGAAAAACAAAAGCAAAAACAAGAACUUCUAUCAUCUUACAAAACUUCAACUCCUUGACUUCUCAGAGAGCCAAAUAGAGCGACUACCAAUAUUCCAGGACUCCGCUGUAGGCGACAAGCUUCACUCCGUGACUCGGCUCUUGUUGCGAAACUGCAGCAAAUUGAGAAGGUUGCCAAGUCUGAAGCCCUUGUCAGGUCUGCAAAUUCUUGAUCUUUCUGGCACUACGAGCUUAGUGGAAAUGCUUGAAGUGUGCUUUGAAGAUAAGAAGGAACUCAAAACGCUUGAUCUCACGGGCACUAAUCUUAGCGAGUUGGCUACAACCAUCGAGGAGCUGUGCAAUCUUAACAAACUCCUCCUAAAGGAUUGCAGUAACCUAGAAAUUCUCCCAAACAUCCAGAAACUCACAAAUCUCGAGGUCAUUGAUGUUUCCGGGUGUACUAAAUUGCAUACGAUUGAGGGAUCAUUUGAGGACAUGUCUUACCUACGUGAAGUGAAUCUCUUCAGAACCAAAGUGAAGACACCAGUGUUGCCAAAGAAGACCGAGAUCCGCUGUCUAAAGCAUAUUAUUCUGGCAGAUGGAAGUCGUUUUGAAGGUGAGGAAUGGAGCAAAAUAAAGGAUGACAUUGAAAGUAAGAGAUCUGACAAGGCCAGCUCCUCUGGGACAGUUGUUAAAUCCCAACCCAGUGAUUGUACUGAGAAGGGAGAUGUCAGCAAGGAACGUCUUCUCCAUGUCCCCAUUAAGAAGGAUAUUUAUAAGAAAAUACUGUCACAUUUUGAUUCCGCAAGUCAGCAGGAAGUGAUGAAGAUCCAUGAACCUAAAGACCUACAUGGGGAAGCCCCAGCUAAUGCUGAGUUUGUGUCUUUUGUGGACAUUAACUCCAUAAGACUCAAAUCUUUCUUUAGCGAGACCAAAUCGGUGAAGGAUUGCUCGCUGAGGAUGUGCAGAGAUAUAAAAGACCUUUUCUUUGAAGUGGAUGAGGAAAGUUUGGGAUUAAUGGAGACUUUGUCAAUUUCAAACUUUCCACUGUUGGAGACCAUUUGUUGGGGUAGCAGCUUCAAAAACCUGAAGAAGCUAAGCAUAGAUUGUUGCCCGAAAAUCAAAACGCUUUUCCCGGAGGCGUCACAGCUCCCUAGCAGCCUAGAAGAGCUUCAUAUAAAGUAUUGUGAGAAGCUGGAUACAGUUGUUGAAGGAGUCGAACUGUCAACGCUGAAAGCGAAUUUGAAAUUGAAAUUGAAGAAUUGCCCAAUGUUGGAGGAAACUUCAGAAGACUCGGUCAGUUGCAACUUUCGACUCUUAUCAGCUCUUCUCUUACCUCUCUUGCUAUUUUUCUUUUCUUUUUGCCUGAGAAAUGAACUUUCGUAG